AUGGGUCUAACUCCUUACCCAAUAAGUUUACGACCGUCGGUUUGGUUAACGGAACAGUUUCCGUUAGAGACGGAGGAGUUACUUCCGUUACUUGAUAUUUUGGCGAAUAAAGUGAAGGCUGUGCGACGGUUGAGUGAACUGUUGACAACUAAGUUCCCGUCCGGGACUUUCCCGGUUAAGGUGGCGAUUCCGGUGGUCCCUACGGUGAAGGUGGUGGUGACAUUUACAAAAUUUGUUGAGCCACAAUCAACAGAACAAUUCUUCACUCCACUCUCAAGUCCUAGACAUUUCCAUAGAGGCUCAUCCGAGGAUGAUAAAAAAUCAGACACACAUUAUUCAUCAUUCCCAUCAUCAUCAUGGUCGUCAUCGUCUUCUUCAUCGUCAUGGCUAAGGAGAAGCAGCAGCCAAUCGGCGAGCAAGCAGCAGCAGCAGCGGUGUUCAUCGUCAUCAACGACAGGAGGGGUGCAACAACAUUGGGAGACAGACUCUUUUGCAAUACCAAGUGGGUAUACAUGGACAAGCAUUGAAGAUAAGUCUAGCUACAAAAUGAAAAGGUCAAAGUCUACAAGGAAGUCCAAGUAAAAAUUUUAGACUAAAUUUGUUGUUCAAUUGUGCAUUGUUUUUCUUGGCUUGGAAAAAUUAUAGUGUAGAUAUUUCAUCAAAUCUUGUAAUUGGCAACAAUUAGGAAAAGAGAAUUGCGCUCACCAUCUGUUUGACUGCUGAAAUG